AUGGGUGAUAACUCCAUUGUUGGUGCUGUUGCUACUGCCUCUACAAAUUUGUGUGUCUCUGAUUCUAUUCCAGGUACUGACUCUAAUACUUGGAUAAUUGACACUGGUGCUUCUGAUCAUAUGACUUAUUAUGCUAAAUUUUUUGAUGAGUUGUCUAGUAACACCCGUGACCCAUACAUAACUAGUGCUAAUGGCUUGCCCUCUCCAAUUACUGGUGAGGGCACAAUCUCUCUCACUCCUACUCUGUCCUUGUCUCGUGCGUUACUAGUUCCCAAUAUCCAUGGUAACUUGUUAUCUGUUGGUCGAUUACUUGAUACACUUAAUGCUUCUGCUACUUUCUAUCCUACACAUUGCUCUUUUCAGGAUCUCAAGACUCAGGAGAUGAUUGGGCAUUGUAAACGGAUAGGGGGGUUAUAUUAUUUGACAUUGCCUUCUGCACCAGUUCGUGAUCGUGUCGUUAAUACUGUUCAAAGUUGCAGUGUCAAAGACAAACAAAAAAUUUGGUUAUGGUAUCGUCGCUUGGGACACCCAUCAUUUGGCUACCUUAAGCGUCUGUUUCCAUCUUUAUUCCGCUCUUGUGAUGAGUCAAGUUUUAAGUGUGAGACAUGUAUUUUGGCCAAGAGUCAUCGCACUGUGUUUCCUUUGAGUGACAGUAAAGCUGCAAAACCUUUUGAUUUAGUGCAUUUUGAUGUGUGGGGUCCGGCUCGCGUCAAGGUAUUCCGGACUGAUAACGGAGGUGAAUAUGUGAAUAACACUUUGGCAUCUUUCUUCCGUGCUCAAGGUAUUAUUCACCAAACGACAACCCCAUUUACUCCUCAGCAGAAUGGUGUGUCUGAACGCAAGAAUCGUCAGUUACUUGAAGUUGCCCGCUCCCUUAUGUUGGACAUGUCUGUUCCCCAUCAUCUUUGGGGGUAUGCUGUUUUAUCUGCUGCCUAUUUGAUUAAUCGUACUCCUAGCCGGGUUCUUGAUUUCAAGACUCCACAUGGUGUGUUUGGUGACCAUGUUUCCCCUGUCUCAGUCUCCAAGUUGCCCCCUAAAGUCUUUGGGUGUGUUGCCUAUGUUCAUGUCUACUCUCAUCAACGGAGUAAACUUGAUCCUUGUGCUCUGCGAUGUGUUUUUAUUGGUUACUCGUCUACUCAGAAAGGUUAUAAGUGCUAUUAUCCACCUACCCAGAAGGUGCAUGUUACUUUGGACGUGAAUUUCCAUGAAGAAGUGCCCUAUUAUGUAUCUCCCUCCUCUUCAAUUCAGGGGGAGAGGGGGAGUGAAUUGGAGAGUCUUGGAUUGGAGAAUGAUGUGUUUGAAGAUGCUGCUCUUGGGAAGGAAACGACCUGUCGCACUGAAGCAAGUGACCGGUCACCCAUAUCUGAAGAUGAAACUUAUGGUCCCUAUGAAGAAACUACUGAUCGCCCUUUGGAACUCGAUCAGUCGCCCAUAUAUGGAGAUGAAGCAGGUGCUCUGGGUGUCACUGAAGCAAGUGACCAGUUGCCUAUAUAUGAAAAUAAUGACAGUGAUUCUUGUAUGGAUGAGUUCGAUGUAAUACCCCCAUCUGCCCUGCCAUUGCCCCAAUCUACUCGUGAUAGUGAAUCAAGUGAGGAUGCUUUAUCUAACCCAAAAUGGAUGGAUGCCAUGAAUGUUGAAAUGGAUGCCUUGAACAAAAAUAAAACAUGGGAUUUAGCUCCUUUGCCACGAGGGAAGAAAGCUGCUGGAUGCAGAUGGGUGUUUACUUUGAAGCAUAAAACUGAUGGUUCCAUUGACCGUUACAAGGCUAGAUUGGUAGCAAAGGGUUAUACUCAGACCUAUGGAGUGGAUUAUUUGGAGAUCUUUGCUCCAGUGGCAAAGCUCAAUACUGUGCGUGUACUAUUGUCCUUGGCUGCUAACCGUGACUGGCCCUUAUUACAAUUCGAUGUUAAAAAUUCAUUUCUACAUGGUGACCUCAAAGAGGAGAUUUACAUGGAUCUCUCUCUUGGUAUUCCUGUAACCUCUAAGGAGGGUGUUGUGUGUAAGCUGCGGAAGUCUUUAUAUGGAUUGAAGCAGUCCCCAAGAGCGUGGUUUAGGAGAUUUGCAGCAUCUAUGAAGAAAUUUGGGUAUGUACAGAGUAACUUAGACCAUACUUUGUUUCUAAAGCGUCAUAAAGGUAAAUUGAUAGCUUUAAUUAUUUAUGUUGAUGAUAUGAUUGUAACUGGAGAUGAUCAGGCAGAAAUGCAAAAUCUUCAGAAGUAUAUGGCUUCCGAGUUUGAGAUGAAGUCAUUGGGUGAUUUGAAGUACUUUCUUGGGAUUGAAGUUGCUAGAUCUAAACAUGGUAUUUUUCUGUCUCAAAGAAAAUAUAUUUUGGAUUUACUUGCAGAGAUUGGAAUGUUAGAUUGUAAACCAAUUGAUACACCUAGUGAACAGAAUCAUAAGUUGGGGUUGUAUCCUGAUCAAGUCCCUACAGAUAAAGAGCGUUAUCAACGACUUGUGGGGAAAUUGAUUUAUUUAUCUCAUACACGUCUUGAUAUUGCAUAUGCAGUGAGUGUAGUGAGUCAGUUUAUGCAUUCUCCUAGUAAAGAUCAUAUGGGUGUUGUGAUGCGCAUAUUGAGGUAUCUGAAAGUAACUCCUGGAAAGGGGUUAAUGUUUUGCAAUUAUGGUCAUACAGAUGUGGAAGGGUAUACAGAUGCUGAUUGGGCUGGUUCAGUCACUGAUAGACGUUCUACGUCUGGGUAUUUCACAUUUGUUGGUGGUAAUCUUGUUACUUGA